AUGACUCAUAAUUUAGUAUUAGCGAGAGUCUCUCAAGAUGCGUACCACAUCCUUCGAACCUGCCACGACAACUGCAAACUGAUGCCUGAAGAGUUCGUGCUGCAGAAAGCCGAUUUCGAGGUUCAUUUCCUCGAAGUAGGUCACCAUUUCGUCAAAUACGGUUUGACGUUAUUCAAACUAUCCAAGAAGCAUGUUCUGGAUAAGUAUUUUGCUGAAGGAAAUCCAAAGGCUGAUCUUUGGAAAACGGUGAACAUGGAACCGGAGAAGUCUGAGAGAGAGAUUGAGAAGUCGCAAGGGGAUAUGCCGUCGGACAAUAUUUUCUGUUUCGGUUCACUAGAUUUAAAGGAGAUAGAAGCGAGGGUGCCUGCACAGUUUGUAAACAGUAUAGAAGAGGCGCGCAAGCUAUUCUCUUUCACACAUAAAUGUAUCAUGCGCACGAAACACUUUUACGACUUCGAGCAGCACCCGACGCAGUACAUAUCCUGUUCUCUCCAGCUGGCUGAGUUGUACGAGCACUUGGCGUUCUUCGAAAAGAAUAUUGAUAACCAAUACAAUAUACAGAAGCGCCGUGCCGAAGUGCUGGAGACUCUGAACUCCCUUCUCAAGGCCGGUGAUACCGUGAUGUCCGUUCAGAUUGACGUGAUUCGCGAGUUGUCGCAAGUGCAGCUAGAACUGAUGGCGUUGAACCUCCAGAAAUUGUGGAGAGAGGAGUCCCAGACAAAUAUCUUGAACUUAGACGAGGACGCGGAUUCCAUCAUCAAUUCCCUGGACUCUGCGUCUAAUAAAACCUUGACAGAGAGAACGCUGAACACGUCUUCGAAGAACAUAUUUCUGAGGAAGAUGGAGGCCGCCACCGCUUUGAACGGGAAAUUGUUUAGACUCAGUGGCCAGCUCGGAGAACCGAAAGUAUCUGAAAUGAGUCAGCUGAGCUUUGAAUGGUCAUCAUAA